AUGCCGGAAGCAGGACCUAGCUACUACGAUGAGUUCUACGGCCGAAUGUCCGGGAACAAGUGGAGAGCAAAGUGGUGGAACCCGGCAUCAGGCUUGCCCCAGCAGCCCGAGCGACGAGCCACCAUACAGGCAGACAUCGCACAGCUGGUUGCCAGCGGCCAGCCGAAGGAGGAGAUCUACCGCGCCAUCCGCCAGGCCUACGAUGUGAACGGCAAUUUCCUGGACGAGGAAGACGAUGACCAUGACAAGUCAGAUUCUGGCCUCUCGCGCUAG